CAUAGAAGUUUGUCUUAAUCUUACAUUUCGCUUAAUUAUACUCCUUUAGGUAGGAUUUAAAAAACCUUUACUUCUAUAUUAAGUAAUUGCUACAUACUAAAAUCAUUUUUAAAAUUUAAGCCGCCACCACUUAUGUUAUCGAUUACCGAUAAUUUCGGCGGAAGACAUUUAAAAGAAGUCAUCAAAAGAGGAAGAGUAAACAAUGCAAAAUACAAAUAAAAUGGAAGCCAAUGUGGAUUUUAGCAGGAUAUCGUCUAAGCUGUACAAAAAGUACCCACAGCAUGUGAAGAACCUGAAGGACGUGUGCGUUUCCAAGACUGUGAUGAAGCCGGGAGAGUUCUUUGACAGCCUUCAGCAGAUGAUGGAGGAAGAGGCGGCCACCACCACGCCCUCAAAGGAUCUGAGCUCGGUGGCCGAAUAUGCUGAGCUAUUUAAGACUUUGGAGGAGUACCCGGCCAACCUGCAGAAGGUGCCCAAGAAGCGGGAGCUGCAGCGCACCAAUUCGACGAUCUUGCGGGGACCGGAUGAGUCGGUGGCCACGGCCAUUAACACCUCCAACGUUUCGCUGAGCCUGACGCGUCUGGAGGAGCAGCGCAGUGCUGUGGAUGUGUACAACGACUUCAAGGCUUUCCAGCGAAAGCUGGCCAAGAUCUACGACGAGGCCACCGCCCUUGACACCACAGAAUCCAUAUACAAACAAAAAUUGGUUCAGCUCCAUGGAUUUGCACAGCAGUUGGAGAAGCUGAUGCCCACCGACGGUGAAUCCCCACCGGACGCAUUUACACUAGAGCAGCAGCAGACGCUACAAACCAUCGCCGCCAACAUGGAGCAACUAAACUACCUGCGCUCCAACAGCCUACAGCUGCCCAAUCCCACCGAGAUCUUGGCCAAUGGAAGUCUAGCUGCCCGCUUGGAAAUGUUCGUAGAGGUACUCACCUAUACUCUCCUUGAAAUCAGCAGCUACAACAUGGCUUUAAUUUAAGAACAUAAUUUGUCAAGUUAACUAAGCUUCAAAUAUAAUUUAGUUGGUUUAAAUUAAUGAUGAUUUUAA